AUGGCUCAACAUCGUCGAAUUCCGAAAAAGAAUCGGAAGAAGCUGAAGUCGGUGGAUCCGUUCAACAAUAAGGCAAAUGCCGCUCGAUUUAAGGAUAAGAACAAAAAUUCGAAUCAAGCUCCCGUGAGCCUGAAAGACGAGCAACCACUGACAAAAGCCGCCAAAAACCUGAUGGGCUCCGGAAUUACGACAAAAGAGGAGGUGAAAAAGAAGAAAAAGCAAAAGAAUGCCGUGUUGGCUCAAGCCGAAGAGCUCGGAAUGAAAAAGGGAAAAUUCGAGACUGUGAACAGAUUUGUGAAACGAAUCGAAGGAACUCUUCACUCGAGAAUUAAUGAGCAAAUUGCGAUUGCAAAGCAUGGAUUGGCUGGUAGAAAGCAGGAGGAAAUUGAUGCUGAUUAUAAAAUUAUUGAGGACGCUGAAAAACGGAAGAAGGAGCAGGAAAAGCGAGAAAUUGAGAAUAAAAUCAAAGAAGCGAGAAAGAAACGAGAACAGGAAGCCCGACGGCUGGAAGAGGUGGAGAAGCUGAAAGAGCAGAAAAAAGCUGAAAAAAGGAAAAUGAAGGAAGCACUGGAAAAAGAAGAGGAAGAAGAGAGCUUUGAUGAGGAUGAAGUCUCUGAAAAACGGGCAAAAAUUGAGAAAAGUACUGAAAAAGGAGGCAGUGAAAAAGCGACGACGAAACUCAGCAAAAAAGACCGUAGAAAGGAGACGUUGAAAGCGAGAAAAUCGGAUGAACAGAAGCGACGUGCCGGCGAGGCGUUGAUUAAUUCUAGAGAAAUAAUCGAGUUUGGCGAACGAAACGACGCGCCACCAACAUUCGGCGGAGCUCUUAAAAAGAAAUUCGAGCCAUUGAUGGCAAAAGCCGGCCAAAAGACGACGCUUCUUCUUCAUUCAAUGCUCCAAAAAGGCGGCGGCCAGAAGACGGAAUAUUUGAAUAAUUCGACGAAAAUUCAAGAGGAACGGCAGAAGGUCAUCGACGCGUACAGAGAUAUGAAGAAACAGAAGAGAAUUGCUGCCGCUUUUGCUGCUGCUGCUUCUUCUUCAUCUUCUUAAUUUUAACUUUUUUCACUGUUUUUGUUAUUUCUUCAUUGUUGUGUCCCAUUGUUCUUUUUUUUCAUUCAGUAAAAAUUCAAAAAUC